AUGGAUAUGACUGGAAAGGGGAAAAUCAAAGUACGGAUUUCAAAAUCUCUCUCAGAUGGUGAAGAAGUAGCUAUAACUGCUCGGAAGAAAAAGGUGCAAAAAGCUCUUGCUAAGCUUGGGAUGCAGUGUGAUUUGGAGAACAUCCCCAAUAUUGCUGUCCUAGGAGCAGGAGGAGCUAUGAGGGCUAUGAUUGCACUUUAUGGCACUCUAGCAGAGCUGAAGAAAUAUAACCUUUUGGAUUGUGUUAUGUACUUGGGUGGGGUGUCAGGUUCUACCUGGUGCUUGCCAACCUUAUACAAAAAUGAAGAUUGGUCAGAAGAAAUAGAGAAUGUGAUUAAAUGUCAGAUUGAAAAUCUUGUCCAAGGCCAGUGGGAUGUUAAUAAAGCAAUGAAAGCUGUUCUAGAGGCUACAGAAGAUGAAUGUUACUCUCUCACUGAUUUCUGGUCCUAUUUUCUUGUGCAUAAACUGCUAAGCAAGUUUGAGGAAGGAAAAUUGUCUGAGCAUGCUGGAUCUUGUGAGAAUGGAAAAAACCCUUAUCCUAUCUAUGCAGCUGUGAACAAGCAAACUUAUCAGAAUCCAAAUGCAGGUACCUGGUUUGAGUUUACCCCUCAUGAGGUUGGAAUUCCUGGACUAGGGACAUAUGUAGAUAGCAAAUACUUUGGGAGCAUAUUUCAAAAUGGGCAGCUGAUCAGAGAAAAAAAAGGAAAAAACAUUUGCUAUUUGCAAGGUUUGUGGGGAAGUGCUCUUGGAGGCGAGCAAGAGAUUUCAAAGACUAUAUCAGAUGCUUUAAAAGAUUUUGGCAAAUAUGAGAAAUCAGAGGACGUAACUUCAAAAGAUUUAGACAUUAAGAAAUUUAAUAUGCUCUAUGAAUGCUAUCAGACACUCCUGGAACUGCAGUUAUUGGAAUCUACAGAUAAAGAAGGACUAGACAAAUUUCAUCACCUGGAAAAUAUCUUGAAAGAUUAUAAAUACAGCAAAAGCUAUCAGUUGAUCAGAGAAAUGCGUGAGACCUGGUAUUCUGCAGAUGAACAGAGAAAAAAAGAACAGUACACAACAUUAUUUCAAACUUUGGAUGCUGAUUUUGGAGAUUUUACCAAUGAGUUCAAUAAGAGAUGUCUUAAAAUGGUGAAAAAAACAUGUUUGUGCCUUUUAAAUUGGUCCUGGGGUAGCACCCAUAAUUUCCUAUACCAAUGUACUGAUGUUAAAUUUCCUGAACUCACAAGCAAUCCCAUCGUAUCUUUAAUUGAUGCUGGUCUCACUAUAAAUACAGCGUAUCCUUCGGUUUUGCGUCCUGAGAGGCAGGUGAAGUUGAUUCUGUCUUUUGACUUCAGUGCUGGAGACCCUUUUCUGACAAUUAAAAAAGCUGCUGAAUAUUGUGAAGCACAUGCAAUUCCAUUUCCAAAAAUAGAUGAGAAUGCAUUACAAGAUCUAGAUAAUCCAUUAGAUUGCUACAUCUUCAGAGGAGAACACACACCAACUAUUAUACAUUGUCCAUUAUUCAACAAAAUCAACUGCCCAGGUGAAAUUGCUGAAUAUAGAGAAGAAUUCUCCACUUUCAAGUUGAACUAUUCUGUUGAAGAGAUUGAAAAGUUGCUUAUUGCAGCAAAGAAGAAUGUAGCAAAUGUUCAGCAAAAGAUUCUGGAGGAAAUCAAGCACAUUGUAGACUCUACUUUAUAA